CGUGCAAAACUCAUAAUGAAGUUAAACAUUCUUAUACUCUUUUCUUCUUCUCUUCUUUCUCUUUGGUUAGGGAUUGCCUUUGCAGAUGAACCCCAAUGUGGAAGAGACGUAGGUGGUGCAUUAUGCCGUGAUAACUUAUGUUGUAGUUAUUGGGGCUUUUGUGGUAACACAUCUGUCUAUUGUGAGGAUCGUUGUCAAAGUCAGUGUUGGAAUUCACCACCACCCCCAAGCCCAAGCCCUCCCCCUCCAAGCCCACCUCCACCCAGCCCUCCUCCUCCAAGCCCACCUCCACCCAGCCCACCACCUCCGAGCCCACCUCCACCCAGUCCACCACCUCCGAGCCCACCUCCUCCCAGUCCGCCACCACCUGCAGGCCCAGAAAGACCAGAUCACAGAUGCGGACCUAGUUAUGGAAACAGUCCUUGUGGAACAGGAAGGUGUUGUAGCACAUCUAAUUGGUGUGGUAGCACAAGCUCAUAUUGCCAGGGAUCAAAUUGUCAGUACCAAUGUUGGGAUAAAGCGCAUUGGGUUGAUCUCCCUCGAGCUUUGCUCCGACAUGACAAUAAUGCUACUAAUAAUGUUAUAGUAAGCAACAUUAUUAGUGAACCACUUUUUAACGAAAUGUUUAAGCAUAGAAAAGAUUGUCCAAGUCAAAGUUUCUACAACUAUGACUCUUUUAUCAUCGCUGCUGCAUCUUUCCCUGGUUUCGGUACAACUGGUGAUAUUGAAACUCGCAAAAGAGAGCUCGCUGCUUUCUUUGCUGAAACAUCUCAAGCAACCACGGGAGAAUGGACUGAUUCGAUUGAUCCACAUGCAUGGGGAUAUUGUUAUAUCAGUAGAACUACCAGUGAGAAUGAUUAUUGCACAUCCUCUCGUUGGUUAUGUGCUUCUGGUAAAAGAUAUAGUAGUCGAGGACCUAUCCAACUCACUCACAACUACAACUAUGGACUUGCUGGUGGAGCUCUAGGAAUAGACUUGAUAAACGACCCUGAUUUGGUAGCAACAGAUUCAGUUGUGUCCUUUAAAACAGCCAUAUGGUUUUGGAUGACUCAACACGACAACAACCCUUCAUUCCAUAACAUUCUUGUCAAUGCUAACUCUGGACCUAAUCAACUCCCAACUUAUGGCCAUGGCAAUUAUGGUGGUUUGAGAACUGGUACUAACAUUGUUGGGUACUAUAAAAGGUAUUGUGACAUGUUAGGAGUGAGCUAUGGAGAUAUCUUGGACUAUUUCUCUGACCAAACCUCUUUCUCUCCAAAAGUUUCUAGCAUUUGAAUGCCUCUGAAAUCGAUCAGAGUAGUGCAAGACCCAUAGUACUGGGCUACUGGCUCUAGCUAGUUAAGAAAGUCUAUGUAAUUUGUGUGCAUCCGUAUCGAAGGGCCUCAACUUAUUGUACGGCGUUGAACUUUAUUAUAUAUAAAGAAAUAAAUGAUGCACAAAUGCACUUUUAAA